GUUACCUACCAAUUACCAUAGCAUGACUCGGAGUCGGAAGUCGGAAAUAACUGAUUGGAUUGAAUUAAAUAAUAAACUAUUUAAUUAUUCACAGAACAUAGACUUAAUCGGUAACCAACUUGGUAUCGAUUUAGAUGUACGUGCGAAAAAGGCAAACGAAACAUUGAAUAUAGAAUAAACUCUUAAUAUAAUUGGAGAAAUUAAUUAGCAAAAAGAAGCAGAAGAAAAAUGAUGAAACUUUUGAUAGUAAUGUUGUUAUUUGUAAAUAUUUGUUACUCAGAGCCAGCGAAACCUACACCGAUAGUCUUAUGGCAUGGAAUGGGAGACACAUGCUGCUUUCCAUAUAGCCUUGGUCACUUAACGGAGUAUCUUAAAAUGAAGAUCCCCGGUGUUUAUGUGAAUUCACUCAAAAUUGGUGAAUCUACUAUGGAAGAAAUGGAAAAUAGCUUUUUUAUGUCUCCAAAUAAGCAAAUUGAAUAUGCUUGCGAUGUUAUAAGUAAUGAUCCGAGGUUAAAAGAUGGGUUUAAUGCUAUCGGAUUUUCACAAGGAAGUCAAUUUUUGAGAGCAUUGAUACAGAGAUGUGGUCAUAAAAUUGGUGCGGUGAAAAACCUGAUAUCCAUGGGAGGGCAACACCAGGGUGUCUAUGGCUUGCCACACUGCGGAGCAUUGCAGCGUGAAAGCUGUGAUUAUGCUAGGAAACUUCUGAACUAUGCCGCUUAUUACAGUUGGGUCCAAAAAGCCUUGGUGCAAGCUACUUAUUGGCACGAUCCAUUAAACGAGGAAUUGUACAAAGUGCACAGUGAGUUUCUGUCCGACGUGAACAACGAAGUGUCUAUCAACAAGACUUAUAUUGAUAACCUGAGUAACCUGGAGCAUUUCGUGAUGGUGAAGUUUGAAAACGAUACAAUGGUCCAGCCCAAGGAAACAGAGUGGUUCAGCUUCUAUGAGCCUGGCCAAGCGAAGAAGAUAAUAACAUUGCAAGAAUCAGAUAUUUAUUUACAGGAUCGCCUAGGCCUAAAGAAAAUGGAUGAAGCUGGAAAAUUAGUUUUUCUAUCACAACCUGGUGAUCAUUUAAGAUUCACUGAAAAAUGGUUUUUCGAGAAAAUAAUGAAACCUUAUCUCCUUUAAUCAAAGACUGAUAAAUGAAUCUCAUUAGAAUUAAUUGAAAAGUACAGUCGACAGCAAACAUUAAUUACAUUACUUACUUAUAUGCGGGCUGUACACUACAUAUCAUGAAAUAGAAAUAAGUGCACUUAAUUAUUAUAUUAUUUACUUAUGUUAUUAUUACAAUUAUGUGUCUUGGAUGUGGCUUGGAAUCGGUUAUAAAUUUAACGGUUAUAACCCGUUUAUAUUUAUUAUUUUGUUGGAAGUGUAAGCCUUUUUAUAACCUUUAUUAACCAGUUAUUUUCCGCGUUUCUGCAAAAUGGUAGACUAUAUGCUAGAUUCAUGCGGUUGUUAAAAAAUAAAUUAAAUAUCACUAAAAUUUAAAUUGUGCACUAACAAAUAGAUUCGGCGAUGGAAAAACCGAUCUAAACCGGUUUAUUCAACAGUCUUCUUAAAUAUACUUAAAUAUAACCAAAAAUUGUAAAAUUAUAGUUGAAGAUAGGACAAAACCAAAUGAGAAGUUCUCGGUGCACUAAAACCUUAACCGGUUUGAAUUUGUGUUCCAACACUUGGGUUAUCAAUUUUUUUGUUGUUUAUUUCUCCUCAUAUUUGUCGUUUAUCAACCGAUUUGAAAAAUCAUAUGAAAGUGUUAUACUGCCAGAUUGAACCUAUUGUAAAAUUCAGAUCUGAUUAGAAGUAAUUUUAUAGGAAUACAUGUAAAGGUUUCUUCGGAAACAAAAGAAGCAUUUGUAUACAGAAAGGAUCAUCUGGUUGUGGCGGCGGCGUGGCGCGGGUCUUUAAUUUACCUAAAAUAUGGUCGGGGGAGUUAAUGGCUGAUCCAUGCGUCAUUUUUUAACGUUUGUGUAUUUUUAUAGCAAAACUCUAUAAUUUUACGUUAAACCUGUUCGAACGAAAUACUUUUAAUCUUAGGUCAGAGAAAAACGCGAAUGAAUUAAAUAAAUAUAUUUAAUUACACACACUCGUACGAAACACAACAACAGCACACACACACACACACACACUCAUACAUAGAGAUUGUUGAUUUACAGUUUUGUAAUUAUAAAUUUUAGAUAAUCCAAUUUAUGGCUAUGUUAUGAUAUUUUGUCUACACAUACAAUAAAAUCGUAAUAAAAUAAAAA